ACUUGAGUCAUUUUCUAUUAAGGUAUCUAUACUUUUACUCAAGUAUGACAAUUUAGUACUUUUUCCACCACUUCUACUCACCCUGCAAAGUAAACACUUCUAAGGUAGCUAAGAUAAAUAUGACUAAACUAGAAAAGGUACAUUUCCCGAAGAAAAUGUGUAGGCUUGCUUCAGCUGAAUAAAAGGAUUUGCAGCCUACCAUAGCCAUUGGAUAUUUUAUGUAUGGAUCUUUAAUUUUUUUCAAAAGGCAUAAAACAUAAUUGGUUGUAAUGUUGCAAUGUUAUGCAUCAARGGUGGUCAAGUUUUAAACCUGUAAAACAACACCUUUCACUGUAGCUAUCUGGUGUAUGUCACAAAAUAUUGAUAAAUUAUUAUUUUUAAUGUCAUUUUUAAGUACCUGUGUAUUUGAUAUCUGAUCAUAGGAUAGACAGGGGAGGUGACAUGCCAUUUCAGAUUUUCAUUAUGUAAAAAGCCCUGUCAGUUGACAGACAUCUGUCUGGGAAGGUUUCACUUCUUCAUUUCUGAAUUGUGUUACAUAAGUCCUGGUACUUAAACUAGUCUUUUUACAUCUGGUCUGUCAUUCAAGGCUUUUCUUUCUCGAUACGGGAUGCUUUAUUUGGAGGAAAGGUUGGCAGAAACUUGUUUUGGAAUAAAGCAUCGGUCUAUUCCAUUCGAAACAACAUCACGUUUCAUUAUAAUUUACCUCCAGUGGGUUAUUGAGGCUCAAAACCUUCCACGGUCAUGCAGGGAUAUGGAGUUCUCCUCUGCUUAUGUCUACUACCACCAGCUGUUAGAACUAUAAAUCCCAAGUUCUUCCCUUGCGACAGCAACGCAGACUCCAGUGUGGUGAACUGCUCUCGGAGGGCGCUCACCCGCAUCCCAGUGAUCUGCUCAGCCUCUGUCCUUUCACUUGACCUGAGCUAUACUGGGAUUCAGCAGGUAGGGAAGGAUGCAUUCUCUGGGGUUCCAAACCUCCAGAAACUGAGCAUGACAAGGAACUGUCUCCCUAGUCAUAUGAGGGCCUUGGGGUCUCCCUCGUGCCAUGUUGAGAUCCACAAGGAUGCCUUCAUGUGUCUUAAGAACCUCAGCACCCUCCUACUGGAAGGAAACAGCCUCACUUCUCCCCUCCCCAGACUACCUGACAGCYUGGAAGUCCUUAAUCUGGAGUCUAACCACCUUUACAACAUAACCCAGCCCCUCGGCACACCAAACCUCAAGCAGCUGCUACUCACCAUGAACUGCUACUAUGGUAACCCCUGCAACCAGUCCUUCCACAUUGACGAGAGAGUCUUCAGGGAGCUUACCCAGCUGCAAUACCUUACCCUGGGUUUUAACAACGUAACAUCCAUCCCUCCAGGAAUGCCUCCCUCUCUGAAGAGUCUGGAUCUGAAUGAGAAUAAAAUUUCUGUGCUGGAUGAGUGGGCGUUUGCCAAUCUGACCCAGCUCUGUAAACUCAACCUGGGCUGGAACUGCCAGCGCUGUGACCAUGCUGCUCAGCCCUGCUUCCCCUGCUUCAACAACACCCCCCUUGACAUCAACCCACAUGCGUUUUACGCCCAGAACAACUCUCUCAAAUUCCUCAGCCUGAGGGGAAACUCUCUCCGCAACAUCCCAGAGGGCCUCUUCAGUCCCCUGGUACACCUAGAGGGAUUGGACCUAUCGGACAACCUAUUGGCCAUUGCCAUACGUACCGGUACCUUCUUCAUAGAGCUGAAGAGGCUCAUUUGGAUCAGCCUCAUCUACAACUAUGAGCCGAUGACAACCUUCAAGGAGCUGGUGCUGUCUCCCAACGUGACCCAGAUGUCUGGCCUGAAAACACUUCUCCUCAGUGGGAACUUCUUCCAUAUGGUCUCAGAGGAAAGUGUGGCGGUUCUGGCCAAGUUCCGUUGGCUGGAGGUUCUUGAGCUGCGGAUGAACUUCAUCAGAUCCUGUAAUCUGAGUGCCUUGGCCCAGCUACCAGCCCUGGUGAGGGUGGACCUUUCCCAGAACAUGCUGGAAUUUCUCCCAUCCUUCUCUACUCAGUCCAAAGUGUGUAAGUCCUUUAAGAGCUUUCAGAACCAGAACCGGUAUGCCACAGUGGAACUUCAGAACCCACCCAUGUUGCUCAGUGACAGGAAGGCUGUCCCAGAUGAGCYCUGGCAUCAUCCAGGUCCAGUAGUCACUGCAGCCGAGCCAGGGCCAAACACGUUGGCGAUACUGGAGGAUGAGUGCACUCAAAACCCAACUAUAUUUUUCUUCAAAAAUAAUCUCUGCAAUGGUGCCAUGUCUUUUGACCUUUCCCAAAACAACAUCCUCACCCUCAAUGGCAGUUUGUUCCUAGGUAUGGAGAAGGCAGUCUGUUUGGACCUCUCUUACAACUACAUGAGCCAGAGCUUAAACGGCAAACAGUUUCUCCACCUGGACAACCUGGCGUACCUCAGCAUGGCCCACAACAGAAUAGAUCUGUACUAUGGAGAUGCCUUCAAGGAGCUCAAUGCCACUCUGAAGGCUUUGGACCUCAGCAACAAUGAGUUUCACUUCCUAAUGAGAGGCAUGGGCCAUCGCUUUGAGUUCAUCAAGAACCUCCCUAAUCUGGAGGCGUUAAGUCUGUCUGACAACAGCAUUGGGAUGCGGAUAGAUCAUACAUUGUACAGCGACUCCCUCAGGUACCUGUAUUUCUCUGGGAACAACCUGGACAUCAUGUGGGACACUAGAAGCAACGACUACAUCACCUUCUUCCAGAACCUGACCAACCUUAUCUACCUAGAUAUCUCCAGGAACCAGCUGAGGUCUCUUUCACCAGCAGCCUUCUGUAACCUGCCUGUCAGCCUCAAGGUGCUCCGGGUCAGCAACAACAAACUGAACUAUUUCCCCUGGGAGAACAUCACAGCACUCGGCCGACUAUGCCACCUUAACCUUAGUGUUAACUAUCUGUCUGAACUUCCCGACAAAGUCAUACAUUUUCAGGAAAACUUUACCCUUCUGGACCUUAGUCACAACCAGAUCAGCUUUCUCCCCGAAGACUUUUUCAGCCAAGCAUUGGCAUUGCGUUUUCUCUACCUCAACCACAACAAACUCAAGCUGUUGGAUCGGCAGUCCCUCCCUGCCCCACUGAGGAACGGCAGUGCCCUCCAGUUGCUCACUCUGCAUGCCAACCCCUUUGACUGCUCCUGCGACACUUCCUGGUUUGCGGACUUCCUGCGUGCCAGCCAGGUGGAGAUCCUCCUUCUUACCACUGGCGUACACUGUGGUUUCCCCGAGUCGCAGCAAGGAGCUAGUGUUUUGUCUAUGGACCCCCGCUCCUGCCAGGAAAUUUAUGGCAGCCUGGCCUUCCUCUCUCUUACCUUCCUGACUCUGGUGUUCACUGCCUUGCCCCUACUCAGGCACCUCUACGGCUGGGAUGUCUGGUACUGCUUCCAGGUGCUGUGGGCAGGACACAAGGGCUACUCCCAACUGCCUGGGGCAAACUGCCAGAGUCAGUAUGAUGCCUUUGUGGUCUUCGACACGGGCAACCACGCAGUGAGAGACUGGGUCUACAAUGAGCUGCUGGUCCACCUGGAGAACGUGGGGCGGAGGAGGUUCUGUCUCUGCCUGGAGGAGAGAGAUUGGGUUCCAGGUCUGUCCUGCAUCGAGAAUCUUCACAGUGCUGUCUACAGCAGCAUGAAGACCGUGUUUGUGCUGACAAGCGGGGCAAGCGGCGGGGGAGCAAGAGUUAGCAGAGUAAAUGGGGUGACUCGCCAGGCCUUCUACAUGGUGCAGCAGAGGCUGCUGGAUGAAAAGUUGGACGUGGCGGUGUUGGUUCUGCUGGACGAGGUGUUUCCCAAGCUGAAGUACCUGCAGCUGAGGAAGAGGCUCUGCAGGAAGUCUGUUCUGUCCUGGCCCAGGAACCCUCAGGCCCAGCCACUGUUCUGGAACCACAUGAAGACAGCCCUGGGCUCUGACAACAUCCGUUCCUACGACAACAACGUCAGCGAGAGCUUCAUAUAGGUGUGUCGAUCCACAAACAGAGUGUCUUUUUAUGUCGUUGUCACAUUGUCUGUAAAUGUUGAUAGAAUACUCAAUUUAAGAGUUGGAUAACAUACAGUACGUCUAUAACUACACUAAACCAUGUUAGAAAUUCYAAWAGUAGUGUGUUUUCAUUCAAAUAAAUGUGUUUUCUCUGAAAAUCCCCAUUUUGGCAUGUCCCACGUUAUGUUUGUUGGACUUCUAUGAAUAUUUUCACCCACUUCACCCCAAAAUGUGCCCGAGUUUUCACCAUCAUUGUAAAGCCCUAGGUAAUGUGUUGCUGUGGUAGUCAUGAAUAGAUAAGCUAGAAAUGUUUUAACAAGUUUAGAAAAUGGCGCUCUAUUCUUGGAAUGACCCAGGUAUACUAAUAAUGUAGUGGUUUUACAGUAUAGAGGGGAAUUCACUCCCAACAUUUUCUGGAUUGAACUCUUUUUUUCUCUCUCUUUGUGGCUAUCAGAUGGUAUUAUAAAAUCAAGGUGAAUAUGUGAAUUGUUAAAAAACUAAACAAUUGUCUACAGUGUAUUUACAUAAUAAGUUUGAUCCUUCAAAGAUAGUAGCUUAUUUUGGGUUGGUUUAACUUGUUGUUGCAGUUUGAAGAAAAUUUUCUGAAAUAAAUACAUGCAAUUCAACACAGGCCACACACAUAUUACAGAGAGGGAACAAAGUCAUUAUUGUGUAUCAAAACUCAUUCCAUGCAGAAGUUUACCACCAUAUCAAGAGCAAUGGYGUCAUCCAGCCCACACUACAACUUCCACUAAAUGUAAACUCCUCAUCACUUCCAUUUAAAGAGGAACUGAGAUUGAUGGUUCUUUUCUAUUGUUGYCAACAGGUGAAUAAAGUGUUCUCUUU